AGAAGAAGAGAGUGGUCCGCUCCGUGGAAAUUGUUUAAAAUAAAACCCUGCACAUCCACCGUUCUCAGCCGCAUCACCACUAUGUCAGAGCGCGACCGCCGCGAACGAGAUAGGGAUAGGGACCGUGAACGCGACCGUGAUAGACGCCGAGAUAGAGACGACCGUGACCGUGACCGUGACCGUGAUCGAGACCGUGAAAGAGAUAGAGAGCGCGACCGUGACCGAGGGCUUAGGAGCAAGAAGUCCCGAUCUCGUACUCCAGACCACCACGCUCGUCCUCGCCACGUGCGUUCUCCGGAGAGGUAUCGCUCUCGUUCCCGCUCAAUUGACCGUGACCGUGACCGUCAGCGGCACCACAGACGCAGAACUCCCACCCCCGAUGCGCCGUCGCGGAAACGAACUCGCCAGGGUUCAGUAGACGACGAGAAGGAAAGGAGUCGCAAACGAGCUGUGUCUGAUUUCGUUGACGAGAUUGCGAAAGAGCCUACUACUACUAGUACUAGUACUAAGAAGAAGGAUAAGCAACCAAGCGAUGCAGCUGAUAAUGGCGGAGGCGAAGCUGAGGAAGGAAUGGAUGCGAAUGAGAUUGAAAUGAUGAAGAUGUUAGGCAUCCCUACUGGAUUUGAUUCUACCAAAGGGAAACCAGUUGCUGGUGCUGAUGUUAGUGGGAUUAGAGCUGUAACUAAGCGUCAGCCUAGACAGUACAUGAACCGUCGCGGUGGUUUUAACCGUCCUUUGCCUGCUGAGCGUAACCGCUAGUGUUCUCUCAAGGUCCUUUACACACUGUCUUAAACACUAGUCGAAAGAAUGAGAGUUCGAGCUGCAUUUUCCCAGGUAGUAUAGACUGCAAUUCUUCCCCAGACUGUUGUAAUGUCCCUGGAGAACAAACAUGUACUCUUUUGAAUUUAGAAACAACUCAUGAGUUAUCGCAUUUUUGGGAUCUAGAAUUGUUAAUGUUUGUGUGUAAUCUCCCAACUCUAAUUUUCAGACUAUGAUUCAGUUAAAGUCA